CAUAUAAACAUUGUUUAAAAAGUAAUAAAAAAUUGUCAAACGCUACUCGCUACUCUAAAUGCUAAUAUUUUUAACGUUUGAAAAAAGCUACCUAAAUGCUACAUGUAUUGCUAACCGCUACUAGAACCGUUACAUUGCCAAACCCUCUCAAUUGUUUUCUUGUAAUGUUUUGACUGGUCAAAACGCUAACUGCUACCUCAAACGCUACCACCAAACAGUAUAAUAAACUAUCUACCCCCAUAAUUAACUUAUUGGUCAUUUCACAUAAUGAAUAAGCCUUAACAAUUACGAGUAGCUAUUUACCAAACCGUUUUAUACAAUCAACUAGCAUACCCAAAAAAGAGUAAAAAAACCCAUCUCUUCGUUUACCUUUCACCAAAAUAUAAGUGGUCACAAACAGCGUCCCACAUUAAUCUCACUUUUAAGUAGAGGAUGAUUAAAUUAUUUUUAUCUGGAGUCGCCAUUUUACUUGUUCAUUUGGGCAAACUACUUGAUUCGGCAACUAAUCUACUAUCAAUCCUCUGCACUAUGCAUACUACGGAGUACAUUAUGUUCAAUUGUACUAAGGUUUACAAAAGGAAAAUUGAAUAGCAGCAAGUGUAUGUUCAUAUCUAGAGAAUGCAGGCAAGGUGUUUGAUGAAAUGCCAACAAGAAAUCUACUUCACUUUAUAAAGGUCAGCAUAUCUGUGAUUAACUCCUUUAGAAGAUAGGACUAUAUUCGUAUCUAGAUAUUCAUUCCUUAAGUAUUACUCCCCCUGUCCCUAUUUGUUUACUCGUAUUCGAUAGACAAAAUGUCAAACAAAAAAAUUGUAAGUAGAUGGUUUACUACUUUUAUGAGUAUACAAGUGGUAUUAAAAAAAAUGGGAAAUGCUUCUGUAUAAAUAAAAAAUUGAUUAAUUCCUUUGAAAAAAAUAAAUAUUUCUUCCUAUGGUGUUGUAUAAUAUAUUUCCUUAUAUAUUCAUCAAAUAUAUUUACUUUUAGUUACUCAAAAUGUAAAAAAGAGAGAAAUGUUAAUUAUUAGUCAAUUAUGGAGAAAAAAAUUAUUGGUUUCACACUACUUUUACAUAAAAGCUUAUCCAUUAAUGAAAGUCCAUGUAGUUCAUCCUUCGUCAUCAUUGACAAGAAUUGCAAGGCAGAGAGAAACGGGGUGAAACACUAACAAAUAAUUCUACAAAAAAAAAACAAGAAAAUGGCAGAGGGAGUUCUUUUUGAGUUGGCUGGAACAGUGUUGGAAGGCUUGGGUAAAGCAGCCAUAAAAGAGGCUGCAUCCUGGUGGGGUGCACGAGACGAUUUGAAAAAGCUUGAGAAAACCAUCAACUUGAUUCAAGCUCGAGUUCGCGAUGCUGAGAGGCACCGGGAAGAGGAUGGCAGUGAUGCCAUCAAAGAGUGGCUUCGGAGGCUGAGGAUGGUGCUUUACCAAGUUGAUGACUUGUUUGAUCUUGUCCUUACCGUUGACCUCCAGAAACAACAAAUGGAGGUUAACAAGCAGGUUUGUGUUUCUUUCUCGAGAUCUGGCACUCUUUGUUUUAACUGGAAAAUAUCUCGAGAAAUCAAGUCUAUUCGACAACAACUUGAUGAAAUCAAUUCAGAUAUUGCUGGCUUGAACUUGAAUGCCUAUACUGAUCAUAAAGAUGAACCACAACCACAAAGAGCUCGUUUCAUGAGGAAUAGGGAAACAUGCUCUUUUGUGAAAACAGAAGAUGUCAUUGGUAGGGAAACUGAUAAAAACAUUAUAAUUGGGAUGCUCUUUGAUCCCAAUUAUGAUGAUGGAAAAAAGAUUACUGUCAUUCCAAUUGUGGGGUUUGGGGGUCUUGGAAAAACCACUCUUGCUCAACUGGUUUUUAAUGAUGAGAAUGUUCGAAAACAUUUUGAUCUUGCUACAUGGGCCUGUGUACCUGAGGUAGGUGAUCAAAGCAUUGUAAUGAGGCGAGUUUACCAAUCCUUAACCGGUGACACAGAUUCUUAUAGUCCAUUAGUUGGUCAGAUUAAAUCAGGCAUCCAAGAUUCGAUUAAGGAUAAGAAGUAUCUUCUUGUCUUAGAUGACAUAUGGGAUGAUAGUCGGGAUAGUUGGUUGGAUCUCCUUAAAUUGCUAGAAUGCGGUGCAAGUGGGAGUAGAGUAAUUGUAACAACACGCUCCGCGAAUGUUGCAAAAGCGGUUGGGACAACAAAAGCCCACAAUCUAGGACUCCUAGCUGAAGAGGAUUCUUGGAAUCUUUUCAAAAAUAUUGCAUUCCAGUCAAAACAAGAACAAAAUAAUCCUGUUUUGACUCAGCUUGGGAAGGAAAUUGUGGAUAGCUGUGGACAUGUUCCCCUUGCUAUCAGGGUUGUUGGAAGCCUUCUCUACACUGAAAAUGAGAAAGGCUGGCGACGAAUUAGAAAUGCUAGACUCUCAGAGGCAAAAGGGAAGGAAGACAAUAACAUCAUGCAGGUGUUGAAGUUAAGUUAUAAUUACUUGCCACCGACAUUAAAGCAAUGCUUUGCUUACUGUUCAUUGUUCCCAAAGGACUAUGAAUAUAGUAAAGAUGAUUUGGUUAAAUUGUGGAUGGCGCAAGGAUAUUUUGAUCCGUCAGAUACGGAUACUGGAGAACGAUAUUUUCUGGAAUUGUUAGGGAGGAAUUUAUUUCAAGAUCCAAAUGAAGAUGAUGAAGGGAAUGUCAAAAGGUGCAAAAUGCACGAUUUAGUGCAUGACUUGGCUCUAGAUAUAGCUGGUGAAGAGAUGAAACAGAUUGAGCAUUUAGACCAAAUCUCUUCUCCAGGUGGACUUAUGCAUUUGAGAAUUGAAGUUAAAAAGCCAGAAGAUGAUGGAUGGGAAGUUCCAGUGUCAUUGCUUGCUGCUAGGAAGAUGCGGUCAUUGCUACUGUCUGGAUCUGAGUAUGUAUGUACUACUAUAAAAGCAUCAUCUCUGAAGUUGGUGAUUUUGAAAUAUCAGUCUUUGCGUGUCUUGAACUUAGAGAAUAUGGAAAUCUCCGUGGUCCCAAAUUCUGUAGGGAAGUUGAGACAUCUAAGGUACCUUAAUCUUGCAAGAAAUAUUGGUAUUAAAUGUCUUCCUGAUGACAUAACAAGAUUACAAAACCUGCAAACACUGAAGCUUGUCAGCUGUUCCUCUCUUAAAGAGUUGCCAAGAGAUUUUUGUAAAUUGGACCACCUGAGGCACUUGGAAAUUGCUUGGAGUGGUUUGCGUGAUUUGCCAUUAGGAUUUGGGAAAAUGAAAUCUUUGAAAGAGUUGGAUCAAUUUGUAGUUGGGAAAAGCUGUGGUAUAGAUUCAUUGCCACCCUUGAAUAUUUGUGAGUUGCUUAUUAAUUUUAGGAUGUGGCGAAGUGAUGCUGUUGUGGAAGCACAGAGGGCAAAUUUGAAGGAUAAUCAGCUAUUGACUAGUCUCGAGUUAAACUUUCAACCCAUGGAAGUUACUCCUGAUUUAAGUGAACUGGAUAAAAUGUUAAUGUUCUUGCAACUGCCUCCAAAUCUUAAAGAUGUUAGAGUUGAUGACUACGAAGGAGUUGAGUUUCCACGUAGAUGGUUAGAUGGGUUAUCUAAGCUUGUUUCCAUUCGUAUUGAUGAUUGCAGUAAUUGCAGAAUUCUUCCUUAUAUGAGUCGCCUGCCUUAUCUCAAUGAUCUUUCUUUAUAUAAGCUUGAUGCCUUGGAGUUUGUAGAAGAUGAAGACGACAUCUGGGUAAGUGGAGGUGAAUUGUGUGGUUCUGGAGCCCAAAAUGGUUACUUCCCAUCCUUAACGACCUUGACAAUCUGGGAUUCAAGGUCUCUAAAGGGGUGGACAAGACCAGCAACGGAUGAUGAUAGUGAGACUAGGCAAUUGUUGUUUCCUCGUCUUCAGCGAAUGAGAUUAUUUGAGUGCCUCAAGUUGACAUCAAUGCCUCUUGCACCAAAGUUGGAGUUUUUGGAGGUGCAACAUUUCAAUUGGAAGGUGUUAGAAUCAAAUCUGAUGUCAAUUGAUGAUGAAAUAGCAUCAUCUUUAUCUUCAUCAAAACUUUUCACCUCUUUGAAAGAUGUGAGUAUUUCUGCAAUUGAAGAUGGACCAACUUAUCUGACAAUCAGUAGUAUGCUUUCUAAUCUACAAAAUUUAAGGAUAAGCGGAUGCAAUGAACUGACAAGUUUGAUGAUAGAAUCUUCAAAUUCCAUUCAAUGUCUCUCAAUUCAUUUUUGCAACAGCUUGGAAUAUAUAACCUUGGGGAAUCUCUCUGUCCUUGAAACACUUUUUUUUUCGAAUCUCAAGAAGUUGACACAACUCCCAGAAGAGAUGGGCAACCUCUCCUUGCUUUAUAUUGAAAAUUGUCCAGAAUUGGCAUCACUGCCACAGUCAUUAGUAGGCCUUACCUCUAUACAGGAACUUGAAUUUUCACGUCUCGAGAAGUUGACACAACUUCCAGAAGAGAUGGGCAACCUCUCCUUGCUUCGUAAGCUUAAAAUUAAAAAAUGUCCAGAGUUGGCAUCACUUCCACAGUCAUUACUAGGCCUUACCUCUUUACAGAAACUUUCUAUCAAGGAUUGUCCCAAUCUGAAAGAAAGAUAUGAGAAGCCGAAUGGCCAAGAUUGGCACCUUCUCCAACAUAUCCCCGAGGUUAUCAUAGAUAAAUCUACUGGUUUGGGUGGAGUUGUUCGCGAUUAUGUUGGUGAUGUUAUGCUAUCUACUGGCUGGAGGUUGCAGGAUGGUUUUGAUGUUGAUGAAGAGAAUGGCAGUGACGUUGUCAUGGAGUGGCUUCGGAGGCUGAGGAUGGUACUUUACCAAGCUGAUGACCUGUUUGAUCUUGUCCUCACUAUUGACCGCCAGAAACAACAGCAGGUGGAGGUUAACAAGCAGGUUUGUGUUUCUUUCUCGAGAUCUGGUACUCUUUCUUUUAACUGGAAAAUAUCUCGAGAAAUCAAGUCUAUUCGACAACAACUUUAUGAAAUCAAAUCAGAUGUUUCUGGCUUGAACUUGCCUGCCUAUGAUCGUAGAGAUGAAUCACAACUAUUAGGGACUCGUUUCUUUAGGAAUAGGGAAACUGGCUCUUUUGUGAAAGCAGAUGAUGUCAUUGGUAGGGAAACUGAGAAAAACAUUAUUAUUGGGAUGCUUUUUUAUCCCAGUUAUGAUGAUGGGAAUAAGAUUACUGUGAUUCCAAUUGUGGGGUUUGGGGGUCUCGGAAAAACCACUCUUGCUCAACUGGUUUUUAACGAUGAGAAUGUUCAGAAACAUUUUGAUCUUGCUGCAUGGGCCUGUGUACCUGAGGUAGGUGAUCAAAGCAUUGUAAUGAGGCGAGUUUACCAAUCCUUAACCGGUGACACAGAUUCUUAUAGUCCGUUAGUUGGUCAGGUUAAAUCAGGCAUCCAAGAUUCGAUUAAGGAUAAGAAGUAUCUUCUUGUCUUGGAUGACAUAUGGGAUUAUAGUCGGGAUAGUUGGUUGGAUCUCCUAAGUUUGCUAGAAUGCGGUGCAAGUGGGAGUAGAGUAAUUGUAACAACACGCUCUGCAAAUGUUGCAAAAGUUGUUGGGACAACUGAAGCCCACCAUCUAGGACUUUUAGCUGAAGAGGAGUCCUGGAAUCUUUUCAAAAAAUUUGCAUUCCGAUUGGGGCACGAAGAGACUAAUCCUGUUUUGACUCAGCUUGGGAAGGAGAUCGUUGAAAGCUGUGGAAAUGUUCCCCUUGCUAUCAGGGUUGUUGGAAGCCUUCUCUACUCUGAAAAUAGCGAGAGACAUUGGCAACGGAUUAGAAAUGCUCGACUCUCGAAGGCAAAGAGGAACGAAGACAACAACAUAAUGCAAGUUUUGAAGUUGAGUUAUGAUUACUUGCCACCGGCAUUAAAGCAAUGCUUUGCUUACUGUUCAUUGUUCGAAAAGAAUUACACAUAUAAGAAAAAUGAAUUAGUUAAAUUGUGGAUGGCGCAAGGAUAUUUUGAUCCAUCAAGCACAGAUACUGGAGAACAAUAUUUUCUGGAGUUGUUAGGGAGGAAUUUAUUUCAAGAUCCAAAUGAAGAUAAUGAAGGGAACGUCAUAUGCUGCAAAAUGCACGAUUUAGUGCAUGAUUUGGCUCAAGAUAUAGCUGGUGAAGAGAUGAAACUGAUUGAGCCUUUAGACCAAAUAUCUGCUACUGAUGGACUUAUGCAUGUGAGUUUUAAAAUAAAAGAGCCAGAAGAUGAUGGAUGGGAAGCUCCGGUGUCAUUGCUUGCUGCUAGGAAGAUGCGGUCAUUGAUACUAUCUAGUUCUUAUCCUACAUGUACUAUAAAAGCAUCAUCUCUUAAAUUAGUGAUUUUGAAGUUUCAGUCUCUGCGUGUCUUGGACUUAACGGGUAUGAAUUUCUCUGUGGUCCCAAAAUUUUUAGGGAUGUUGAGACAUCUAAGGUACCUUAAUCUUGCAGAAAAUGGUGGUAUUAAAUGUCUUCCUGAUGACAUAACCAGAUUACAAAACCUGCAAACACUGAAGCUUGUUGGUUGUUACUCUCUUACAGAGCUGCCAAGGGAUUUUUGUAAAUUGGACAACCUGAGGCACUUGGCAAUGGCUGAGAGUGAUUUGAGUGAUUUGCCAUUAGGAUUUGGGAAAAUGACAUCUUUGAAAGAGUUGGAUCUAUUUGUAGUUGGGAAAAGCUAUGGUAUAGAUUCAUUGCCACCCUUGAAUAUUUGUGAGUUGGUUAUUAAAUUUAGCAAGUGGCGAAGUGAUGCUGUUGUGGAAGCACAAAGGGCAAAUUUAAAGGAUAAUCAGCUAUUGACUAGUCUUGACUUUGAAUUCGAAGCCAUAGAAGUUACUCCUAAUUUAAGUGAAAUGGAUAAAAUGUUAAUGUUCUUGCAAUUGCCUCCAAAUCUCAAAGAUAUUGGAGUUCAUGACUACAAAGGAGUUGAGAUGCCACGUAGAUGGUUAGAUGGGUUAUUUAAGCUUGUUUUCGUUCGUAUUGGGGGAUGCAGUAAUUGCAGAGUUCUUCCUCAUUUAAGUCAGCUGCCUUGUCUCAAUGAACUUGUUUUAUGUUCGUUUGAUGACUUGGAGUAUGUAGAAGAUGAAGAUGACAUCUGGGUAAGUGGAGGUGGAAAGUGUGGUUCUGGAGCCCAAAUUGAUUACUUCCCAUCCUUAACGACCUUGUAUAUCUAUUCAUUAAGAUCUCUAAAGGGAUGGACAAGACCAGCUAUGAAUGAUGAUGGUGAGCCAAGGCAAUUGUCGUUUCCUCGUCUUCGGCGAAUGACAUUAGGUGAGUGCCUCAAGUUGACAUCAAUGCCUCUAGCACCAAAGUUAGAGUUUUUGGAGGUGAAAGAAAUUAAUUGGAAGGUGUUAGAAUCGAAUCUGAUGUCAAUGGAUGAUAAAAAAGCAUCUUCAUCAUCUUUAUCUUCAUCAACACUUUUCACUUGUUUAAAACAUGCGGUAAUUUCUGCAAUUGAAGAUGGACCAACUUAUUUGGCAAUCAGUAGUAAGCUAUCUAAUCUACAAUAUUUAAUGAUACGCGGAUGCAAGGAACUGACAAGUUUUACGAUAGAAUCUUCAAAUUCCAUUCAACAUCUCAAAAUUCGGGGCUGCAAAAGCUUGGAAAGUAUAACAAUGGGGAAUCUCUCUAUCCUCGAAGAACUUGAACUUUCAAAUCUUGAGAAGUUGACACAACUCCCAGAAGAGAUGGGCGACCUCUUCUUGCUUCGUCAGCUUUAUAUCUCUAAAUGUCUAGAAUUGGCAUCACUUCCACAGUCAUUACUAGGCCUUACCUCUUUACAGAAUCUUUAUAUCUGGAAUUGUCCACAUCUGAAAGAGCGAUAUGAGAAGCCGAAUGGACAAGAUUGGCACCUUCUCCAACAUAUCCCCAAGAGGAUGUUAAUAUUGAGUGGGAUAAAUGUAAUCAGACUGAGGGGAGGAAGCUUUUACCACCAGACUUAGCUAAGAAUUAAGGAAGGAAGUUUGCUUUAGAGAUAUAGUGCAGGAAUGCCGUACUCAAUUGACAAAGGUGACUAGUUCGAUGCUCUUUAGAGAUGCCAGGCUAUAUGCAUCAUUGAUGCAACCGGAGAUGAACCAAGCAUGAAACUAGUUAAAUGAAAUUGAUGCCCUUGUUUUACAUCAUUACUUUUGGGUAGUUUAAUUGGCUUGGCCUGAGAAUAUGAUUGGUGGAGCUUUUCAACCCUUCCUAGAAGGUGGGGAAAGCGUACACAGUGAUGCUAGUCACAGGCUAACCCAUUUUAAUCACAGGUUUGAGAAGUGUUUUAUGGUAUCCUAACAUUCAACACACAAGAGUGACAAGACAGACGGAGAAGAGGAGUUUAAGAGAGUUAUAGUUGUUGGCUUGUUGCUGUUGUUGUGGUUUGAUUGAAGGGUGAUCGUUGUUUAAGCUUCAUUAAGGCUAGUGUAAUCAUAGAUAUAGGCCUUGUUUGGUAGUUAGCUUAUUGGGGAUAUAUUAGCUUAUUUGACCAACUUUAGCAGAUUGACUAGUCAAAUAAGUUAAUACAAGUGUUUGGUAGUAAGCUUAUUGAAUAAGCUUAUUUACCUCAAUAAGCUGUUUUCCAAAACGUUGGGUAACCCAACGUUUUCAAAGAGCUGAUUUGCUUUGGGGAAAUUAAAUUACAAUUUUACCCUCUUGUAAACCCUAUGACAUACAAUGAAGCAAAGCCAAAUUAGUAUUCUCACUUCUUCUCUGAGCCGUCCACCACUCCAUAGCAGAUCUGCUUCUCAACUUAUCAAGAUACAUCAUGUAUUGAAGACUACUGACAAAGUUUAUCUAUUGGGCCAAUUAAGGUUCGUUCCUAUACUCUAGCAUAGAUAAUUUAGUGGGAUUAUUUAUAUUGUUGCCAAAAUUUGUAAGUUAUGUGAUUUGAUUUGAUUUACUUUCAGUUUUCAAGAAUUAAUGUGCUUUUUAUUGAUUGUGAAAGUAGGGAAAUAAAAAUUGGAUCAUUUUCAUGUUAAGGUUUGAAUGUAGUUUAUGAUGAGAUUAGAACAUGUUUUGUAUUCAAGUGGGAAAUUGCAUUCUACUUUUUUGAUUGCUUUACUUUGGUAGAAUAAUUUAUGUAUUUCAUAUUUUAUAGUUUGUCUAUGUUUUAUCAUCUUUGAAAUUAAUGUAGAAAUCAAUUGAAUGAAAAUUUUGCCGUCUUAUAAUGAAUAGAUGGCACCCAACAACAAAAGAGUCAAUGAUGAAACAGAAGGUGGGGUGAAUCGGGCUAAUUGGUCUAAAGAAACUUUACAUGUGUUCUGCGAUUUAUGUAUCAAAUUUGCGGUGAGGAGUAAGGGUAAGCGUGGUUCCACAACCUCACAACGAAUGCCAUGGAAGGUGUUAGAGGUAGAGUUUCAAAAAAAGACUAACUUAGUGUAUGAAAAGAACAAACUAAAAAACAAGUGGGGUCACAUGAGGAGUAGAUGAAGCCUUUGGAAAGCUUUGAAAGGAAAAGAAACCGGAUUGGGAUGGGAUCAUGAAAAAGGGACUAUAAGUGCUAGUGAGGAGUGGUGGAAAAACAAGAUUGAGGAAAAUGCCCAUUAUAAGGCAUUUCAAGAUGAAGGGAUUGAUCCAGAUUUGGAGUUAAAGAUGGACCAACUGUUUGGAGUUUUAGUUGCUCAAGGGGUGCAUAGGUUUACUCCGGUUCAAAUUGAAAAAGAAGAUGUUUACAUUCCUUCCCCUCCGAGUGUUAAUGUUGGUGAUGUACCAUUUCAAUAUGAUGAUGAGAUGAGUGAGAAUGAAGCAUUUAACAACAUCCAAUCUAGGAGGGAAUGGCAAGAAGUUUGGAAUGAUAAUGCCUCCAUUCCAUCUCCUUCUCCUACUUCUCAUUCUCCUACUCCACCAUGUGAUGAGUUCACUAGGAGAGGAAGUAAAAGGGUGCUUGAAUGUAAUGAUGUUUCAGAGAGCUCUAAAAGAAAAAAAAGGGCUCUGGAAUGUUACUUGAGAAAUUAGAUGCCAUGGUGAAGAUAGUUACGGAGAGAAACAUGAAGGACGUGGAAUUAAUGAACCUUGAAUCUCAAAAACUUGACUCUUCUUCUUCUUCAGUAGCCGAUUCUUUGGCCAAGUUAGUAUUGUUGCCCGGUUUAAUACCCGGUAGUCAAGAGUUUUGCUUUGCUUGCACCUUAAUUGAGGAUCCCCAAAAAAGGAUAAUUCUUGAUGGUAUGCCGGAUGAUCACUCAAGAUACCAAUGGUUAAAAUACUUAUAUGACAAGAGUGAAAAGAAAGAGUGAUCAUCAUGGAACAUAGCUAGGUAGUAAGUAUUAGCCUUUUGUUAUCGAAAUGUAGGAUAUUAUUAGUAUUAACUAGGUAGUUUUAUUUUCUACUUUUGUUAUCGGAAUGUAAGUUUAAGUACAAGAUACUACGUACAUGGAAAAUAGCAUAUGUAUGUAUGUGCUUGUCUCAUGAUUUUUUGGAUAGUAGUUCAUGAGCAUGGUUUAUUUUUUUUGUAUGAAUUAUGCUCAUUUUAGAUGGUACAUGGAAAAUAGCAUAUGUAUGUGUUAAUUAUUUAUGUGUUCAUAUUUUGUUGUAUUUAUCACAAAUAUAUUUCUUGGUUGUUUA